UUCGCAUCAGUCUCUAGCAGAAGUUAUCAGAAGCUAUGGUGUCGUAGUAGCUACUAGCUAGUAGCUACAAUGGACAUUCUGGUACACUGUUUUGGUGUAUCAUUUGUUGUAGGUUUACUAAUAGCAUUUUUGUUUAAACGCCGACAAAGAACGGAAAGUGUAUGUAUUAUUGUGCUAGGCGAUGUUGGAAGAAGUCCACGAAUGCAGUAUCAUGCUGCUUCUUUUGCAAAAGAACAAUAUGCAGUCGAAAUCGUUGGUUACAAAGGUUCACCACCUCUUGAAAAACUUCAAAAUGAUCCCAACGUUAAAAUUCACUAUUUACAUAGCUAUCCAGAUUUAAAACAGAAUUUUUCUAAGACUCUUGCUUAUACUGUAAAAGUUAUUUGGCAAUCUACUGAUCUUUUAUACACUCUACUCUUCAAAUGUUCUUCAAGCUUUUUACUUUUACAAAAUCCUCCUGCCAUUCCAACUAUUCCAAUUUGUUGGUUUUACUGUUUGAUUAGAAAAAUUGAAUUUGCCAUUGACUGGCACAAUUAUGCAUAUACUAUAAUGGCUUUAAGUUUGAGUGAAAAACAUCGUCUUGUAAAGUUAGCAACACUGAUUGAAUCAUUGUAUGGUACUAAAGCAAAACACAACUUUUGCGUAACUAAGGCAAUGCAAGAAGAUCUGAAGAAACGUUGGAAUAUUCAAGCACAAGUAUUGUAUGAUCGGCCGCCUGAAGAGUUUCAGCCAAUAUCUUUAGAAGAAAAACAUAAUUUUUUGUUGAAACUCAGCAAUGAUUAUAAAAUAUUGAAAGGGUCUGAAGAAACUUCUACUAUUAUUUCAAAACAACAACCAAGUGGAGAAAUAGAAUUAUACAAUAACAGACCUGCCUUAAUAGUUUCAAGUACCAGCUGGACAGAAGACGAAGAUUUUUCUAUUUUAUUAGAUGCAUUAAUUAAUUAUGAAACUGAAUGUGAAAAUAAUAAGAACAUCAAAUUGCCAGAUUUAUUUUGUGCUAUAACUGGUAAAGGUCCCUUGAAGGAAUUUUAUCAAGCUAUAAUUAAAAAUAAAAAAUGGAAACAUGUUAAAAUUAUCACACCUUGGUUAGAAAACAGAGAUUAUCCUAAAUUAUUAGCUAGUGCUGAUUUAGGUGUGUGUCUUCACACAUCUUCAAGUGGUCUAGAUUUACCUAUGAAAAUAGUAGAUAUGUUUGGAUGUGGAUUACCAGUAUGUGCUUACAACUUUAAAUGUUUACAUGAGCUUGUCAGACAUAAUGAAAAUAGUUUAGUUUUUUCUGAUGUUAACCAAUUAAGUGAUCAACUGAUAUCAUGGUUUAAAAAUUUUCCUAAUGAUGCCGAGCAGCAAGAAACAAACAAAAAAUUUAAAAAAGAACUGUCUGUUUUUCAACAAAAUCGAUGGCAUGAUAACUGGAGACAAACAGUAUUACCUUGUUUUGAGUGCUAGUAAUAUCACUUUGUUAAUUCCAUCGAAUAGUUUAUUUUUUUAUUAUUUACUGAAAACAUUGUGUAUUUGAAGAUGUAAUUGCAUAUCAUUGUUUUGCUUUUUACAAUUUUGAAAAGCAUUUGAUCGUGCCAAUAUUUUUUCAUAUAUUUCUGCAAUUGUAAAUGAAUUACUAUUAGUGAUAUUUAAAACAAUAAUUAUAUUGUUAUAUAUAUGUAUACUAAUAGUAGUUAUAUUAAAAAUACGAUUGAGAAAUAUAAGUGAGAGCAAGUAUGUGAUAAAUAUUUUGUAUAUACAAAAUAUUUG